AUGGAGCCCGUGCGCACCUGGGGCCCCGCACAGGUGACCGCCUGGCUCCGAGGGCUGGACGCGGCGGUGCAGGGGUACCCCUUCCACACCUGGGGGCUGUCGGGGCCUGACCUGCUGGGGCUGGACGCGGGGGUCCUGGAGGCGCUGGGCGUGCGGCCCUUGGGACACCAGGAGCUGCUGCUGGAGGCCACGGAGCAGCUCCGUCACCUGGACUCAGGGCUGGCGAGCACCAGCCUGCGGACGCUGACGGAGCGGCUGCAGGAGCUGGCGCAGGGCAUCCAGAGCCUGGCGCAGGGGGGGCUGUCAGCAGGGGACGCCCCCCAGCCGCCUUCCCUCACCCUCCUGGCUCGAGUCAUCAACCUGGUCGGGGCUGCCAAGGAACUCUUCUCCUGGCUCAACAGGUACCUCUUCUCCACCCUCAAUGACUUUUCGGCCAGCCGGGACAUCGUCCUGCUCUGUGCCCAGCUGGCAGAGACGCUGCAGGCGGACCUUCCCGCGGCCGAGAGGAACGUCGGGAUCCUGCAGAUUUGCCGCCACAUCGCGGGCAUCUGCCAGAGCAUCGUGGGCUGCAGCCCGCCGGCGCUGCUGGACCGCGGGGCCGUGCUGCAGCGCGUGGUGCUGGCGCUGCCCCCCGGCCCAGGGUGCAGCCCCCCGAUGUCCCCCAGCACCCCAGCGCUGCCCCUCGGCCUGCGGCAGAGCCCCCCGACAUCCCCUGAGGCGCCAACGCUGCCCCCCAGCCGAUGGAGCAGCCCCCCAGGGUCCCCUGAGACCCCGAGAGCACCCUCCGAUCUUCUGGGGAGCCCCGAGUCGCUCCUCUCCGCCCGACUGGGCUUUGAGAUCACCUCCACCAGCUCCUGCCUGCACUUCGUGUCUGCCACUGCCGCAGAGGCCCUGGCUGCCCACGGGGGCCACGUCCUGCCCGGAGAUGAGAUCGUGCAGGUCAACGAGCAGGUCGUGGUGGGUUGGACGCCCGCCAGCCUGGCGAGGAAGCUGCUGGAGACUGGGAACAGGGUGACUUUGGUGCUGAAGAAGAUCCCCCUCGACCUGCCCAGCUCACCCCCCUCUCCCGGGCAGCAGCCCCCAGGAGCAUUUUUGGAUGCUGCAGAUUCCCCUGGCACCAGGAGUGGCGAGAGCCCGGGCAGCCCCGUGUCCUUGACCUCCAGCGUUGCGGCCGACUUGGACUCGGGACCAGACUCUGCCCCGGAUCCCGUCACUGACGAGGAGCAGGAAGAGGACGAGCGGGACCUGCGGCUGCCCGGGGCUGUGGAGGAGCUGCCGAGGCUGCCCGGGGCUGAGGAGGAGCUGCCGAGGCUGCCCGGACAGGGUGCUGCGGAGGUGUGGGACAGUGGAACCGCCCUGGAAGCCCCCCUGGACACCCCCCUGAGCCCCUCUCCGAGCACCCCUGCUGCCACCGAGCCCUGUGCCACUGAGCUGAGCCCCAGGGCAGCCCCCACCGCGGGGGCUGGGGGGACAGAGCCCUGUCAGCUCCCAGGGGAGGGCAGCCCCGGCACGGGACGAAGACAAAAAGGAGUGGCGACCAGGCUGAGCCGCCGGCGGGUGUCGUGCCGGGACCUGGGCCGGGUGGACUGCGAUGGGUGGCUCCUCAAGAAGAAGGACCACGCGUCCUUCAUGGCCCAGAAGUGGAAGCGGUGCUGGUUCGUGCUCAAGGGCCACACGCUCUACUGGUACAACCACCCCAACGAUGAGAGGGCUGCAGGACUCAUCAACGUGGCCACCUACGACCUGGAGAGCACCAGGGAGCAGAAGAAGAAGUACGUGUUCCAGCUGUGCCACCAGACGUACAAACCCUUUGUCUUUGCUGCCGAAACCUUGGCCGACCUGAGCAUGUGGGUCAGUCGCCUGGUAGCAGCCAAAACAAAGUGCACGCUGGCCCAGCAGGCAGUCCCGGACAAGGAAGAAGACUGCUACAGUGAGACAGAAGCUGAGGACCCCGAUGAUGAGACCCCCAGGCACGGACCCGACGCGCCGAGGAGGAGGCUGCAGCACACCCCGGAGAAGCUCUCCCCGGCCAGCAGCCCCCAGGGCAGCCCCCGGCCCUGCUCCCCCAUGGACCCCGCCGGGGAGGAUCUGGAGAGCCUGAUGCUGUGCCUGAGGCAGGGCGGGGUGUCCCUCCUGGGGCAGCGGCGCUCCCUGACGCAGGAGCAGUGCCGAAAAUCCUUCCUGCGGCGCAACAAGAACCCGCACAUCAACGAGAGGGUGCACGCCGUGCGGGCCCUGCAGAGCACGCUCAAGGCGAAGCUGGCGGAGCUGCAGGCGCUGGAGCAGCUGCUGGGAGAGGCCGCGCUCACCUCGGACACGUUCCGGCGCUGGAAGGAGCAGCACCAGGAGCUGUACCAGGAGCUGCAGGAGGGCUGGGCAGGGCAGCAGGGCCAGGGCGAUGCUGGAGACCAGCAGAGCCCUCCCAAAGAGGCAGCUGAGCCCUGAGAGCCCGCCGGGAGCUGGUGUGGGUGGGCAGCCACAGGACCGUGGGAGCGUGGGAGCGCGGUGGGUGCUGCGCCGGGGGCCGGAACGCGAGUGGGAAGGCUCAGCCCCAGAGGGGCCAUCCCCCAGGGGAAGUGGCUUCUGUGACAGUCUUAAUUUUCCCCAUUUGCCUUGCCUUUGGCUGCAGGUGGGCAAGGGGGCGAUGUUCCUGGGGAAUGUGUCCCUGCUGUGCUGCUGCCGGCCCAGCCACGGGCUCUUCUGCUGUAAAUA